AUGACGCUUCCAUGUGACGGGAGGAUUCAAAGCUUUUUUGAGGUGAAUGGAAGGAGAAAUCAUAGAUCUUUUGUUGUUUUGUUGGGAGAGCAUGGAAAGUCUCGGCUUCCGGCGAUCCACAGAAUGUUACAAGGACACACAAAUGGCUCGGUAGAAACAGUGGUUUGGUGCCAUAAGAACGACGUAACAAGAAAAGCUGGAAGGAAAGCCUCUAGCAAAAGGCAGAAGAACGAUAUGGAAAAAGAGGAGUCAGAGGAUGACCUGGCACUGUUCAUAAGAAGCAACGAGAUAGAAUUCAUCGAAUAUAAAGAAAGUGAAAGGAUUUUGGGUAGGACUGUUGACAUGCUGGUACUGCAGGAUUUUGAGGCCUUGUCUCCUAAUCUAAUAGCAACAAGCAUGGAAACUGUGAGGGGAGGAGGAGCCAUAAUAUUACUUCUGGAUAGCACUUACUCCAUAGAAGCUCUUACAUCCCGUAAAACCGAUAUUCAUGAGAAGAUCGGUGAGUUUGAGCCGAGAUACAACAAAAGAUUGUUCAAAUCACUUCUGAAUUCGAACUUCGCGCUGUUUCUAGAUGAUAAGCUUAAUGUACUGGACAGUAUAUCCAAGGUGGAUGUCCAAGGCCUUAGAGUCGAUGAAAAAAAGGUGGUCUCUGAAUCGCUAGAUGAUUCGACUGAUGUUCUAAAAAGCUUAGGGAAAACUAAAGACCAGAUGCACAUCAUCGAAGAGGUUUUUAAAGCCUUGGAGACAAGAGAAAGCAGGACAAUCUUCUCCAUCACUGCAUCAAGAGGAAGGGGAAAGUCUGCAGCAUUGGGGAUAUCAAUAGCUCAAGCUGUGAAUCUUGGGCUUCUUUCCAUAUAUAUUGCAUCCCCGGCAAUAGAGAAUGUCAAGACUGUCUUCCUAUUUCUCAUUACUGGGCUUGAAAGAUUAGGAUACAAGAAGUACGUCGACUUCAAGAUCAUAUAUCAAUUUAGAGGAAAUAAGAGGUUUAUGCAAAAGAUUGAGUUUAUUGGCGGAAGAAAGCAGGUCAUAGAAUAUUUCAAUCCCAUGAACGAACUCAAAUACUAUCCCGAUUUGAUGAUUAUUGAUGAGGCUGCGGCCAUUCCUCUUACAUACAUUACGGGGCUGAUAUUCCCGAACUUCGUAAUAAUGGCUACGACGAUAAACGGAUACGAAGGGACGGGAAGGGCAUUUUCUGUGAAGUUAUCAGAAACACUUAGGAAAAGCAGUGCUGAAACGAAUUCCCUUAUAUAUAAGGAGAUGACAAUGAAAGAGUCUAUCAGAUAUGGGCAAAAUGACCCUGUGGAAAACUGGCUAUACAGGGUAUUAUUACUGGACACAUCUGUUCCAAAGAUCGAGGGAUGCCCGAGUCCAUCUGAAUGCAAGCUUUUUUAUGUAGACAAGAGCGUUCUUUUUUCGGGAAAGCCUCCAACAGAAAAGUUCUUGAACGAAAUGUUCUCUCUGUUUAUCUCUUCGCAUUAUAGGAACAGUCCUAAUGAUCUUCAGAUACUAGCAGACUCUCCAAGGCAUGAGGUGUUUGCCCUUGUUACCCCUACAGAAGAUAAUGGAAAAGACAUUCCAAAGGUCAUCUGCUCUCUUCAGAUUUCGUUUGAAGGCAGGUGUGCAAGAACAGAGCAUCUGAGAGAAGGCAACCUGAUUCCUUGGGUUUUAUCUGAAGAGCAUCUAGACCCAUCGUUUUUGGACACGUAUGGUGUCAGAAUAGUCAGAAUAGCUGUCCAUCCUGAAUACACUUCUAUGGGGUAUGGAACGAUGUCUCUAAAUCUACUAAUAAGGUAUCUUUCUAACCAUAGUAAAGACAUUAGUCUGAUGCAGAAGAAAAAUGAGGAGAAAAAUGUCCUUUUAUACAGCUUGGAUGAUAUUGCGAUUCCGCAGGUAGAGUGGAUUGGUGCCUCAUUUGGAAUAACCGAAGCUCUGUGCAGGUUCUGGCAAAAGAAUCAGUUUGUUCCUGUAGGAAUAAAACAAAUGAUUACACAAGAAACAGGAGAGCACUCUGGAAUUUUCAUUAGGUCUCUGAGCCGUUCCUCAGAUGAUAGAAUAUGUGAGUACAACCAAAAUUUCAUGGUGAGAUUUGUUGGACAGCUUUCAAGCAGCUUCCAAAAGCUCAUGCCAUCCUUGUGCUUAUCUCUCCUAAACAACUCCGUUGUAGGAAGGGGAAGAAAGACAUAUUUCUCAUCCAACGACAUUUCCAGGAUCAGAAUGGCAGCUACAGGAAAGAUAGAUCUGAAUCUUGUAACGGAUGUUAUUCCAGACAUAUCUAGAAUGUACUUCCAUGGAAAAUUUAGUCAAGAUCUGUCAGUGCUCAGAAAGUCGGUUUUGCUAAUGAUGGGAUGUCAGAACAAAAGUAUCGAUACAGUUGCUGAGCUUCUUACCCUCAAACCAUUUCAGAUUAGCAACAUUCUAACUAAAAUACUAUCAAUUCUUCUUGAAGACAUCGAGAGAAACUAUGUAAUGGACUAA